GAUAAGUACGGGGGCCUGCCUUUCCAUGAUCUCUCGGAGAGGUUCGACAGAGAUUACCUUUUGAUGAAGGGCGUGACGGUGUCUUGGUUCUCGAACAAGGGCACCUUUGCGAUCAAGCGCGACCCUUGGAAUUCUGGCAGAGGGGACAAAGCCUCCGUAGCUAAACGCAAGAAGAGCAUCCAGACGAUUGGGUUUGUUACAGAUGCUCGUGGUGGUGCUGAUCUAAUCCAGAACGAGGACCUGGCCGCAGAUGACGAGUACUACGCCUGCCAUUACGCCACCAUCUGCGAAGGCGUCGCGGCUGCAGCCGAGGAGGACGUGAACAGAUCCAAUCCGCACGUGCAGUACACCUUGAAGCUCGGCCUUCCUGGUUGCAAGAUCUACCGCAGGCAGACGCCCAUAUGGGGGCGCAAGUGGCUCAAGCACAAGGGGAACAUGCUCAAUGAGGAGAUGACACGCACUACGAUCAUCGAGAUCUGGGCCAUGACUGCAGAAGUCACAGCGGCUUUCAAGCGCCGCGAAGACAAGUUGCGCGUGACUGGCGCGCCUCGGAUAUCACAAGCCGCACUGGACUCGAAGAAACUCAACUUUGCGAAUCAGUAUGCGUGUGGACCUGCAGCCGAUUUCAUGGAGCAGUGGAGCUCUUACCACACGCUCGAGAAUAUGACUACGUUUUACAAGGACGCCAACCAAUUCAAGCUGAUUGCCGAGCCCGAUGUGACUUUCUGGCAGCGCUUGCAGAAGCGCAUUCUGGAAGAGGCAGAUCUGUCCGUCCUGCGCGACGCCUCGCACGAGAAGAUCGGCGUGUUAGCCAAUGACAUUUUCAAAGCCUUUAAGAAGACGACCUACAUCGACAGGGCAAUCGACUUGGUGCUGAUGUUAUUCAAGAAGGCCGCCGUGGGGUCCGAACCGAAGGGCUGGGGCGCGUGCAGCUUGUUACCACAAGGUCUACCACCAUUGAAGGUCGCGCCCCUCAAGAACCUUAGGGAGUUGGUCAUCGCCACUCCCAGACCAUCAACCACUAGGGGCACCCCCAGCACGCGGGUCGCAGCAAUCUUGGAUUUGCAGGCGGAGCCCGAGGAGCAGGCGGUGAUACCACUCGAGCUGCAGCCUGAUUCAGUGCAGCCCAAUCGAGCAUUCAUCGAGAUCGUGGACGGCGAGUUGGAGCAGCUCGCGAAGGUGGGUGCCCCUAAGCAGACCGACAAGCUGAAGGACGCGGACGUCAUGAACAAUGACCAGCUCGUCGCGCUCAUGGCGGAGACUGAGAUUGGAGCCACUACGAUCUUGAAGUUCUUCGAGAGCCCAUGGAAGCAACCACUUGCGUUGCAACCACAUGUGGGCAAUGUGAUGAACAUGUCCAUGCUGUCGAUGUUCACGGCGGCGCAAGACAACGGCGGCUACUUCAGUGACGCUGACCACGCGUUCAAUACGUUGGUCGAAAAGAUCCUCCAGCAGAUCGACGAGCUGCUGCCCGAGGCUGCCUUGCAAGACUGCCUGAAGGUCUUGAUCGCCGCUGAGGCCCCGAAGAGACAUGACAUGCUAUCGGGUACAUUUGCUAAGCUGGCUGGAAUCCAAUUGACGCCUCACCUGGCGAGCACCGUACGGUCCCAGAUCUUCUUCCACGUCCUCAGCAACCUCGGGCUCCAGAGCUACAUGCGCGGCGCUGGAGGCAACGCGAUGCCCAAGGUGUACCUCUCCAACCUCGUGCGGAAUGGUAUCACGCAGCUGUUGGAUAAGUUCGACCUGUCCAAGGAGUCUACGCGGAAAGACCUGCCAACGUUCAUCUAUGAGUUGGAGGUUGCCACUGGUAAUCCCUGGAGCAAAGUGAUGCGCGAGUUUGCAGACCAGCUCCAGAAGUGCAGCAACAUCACCCUCACCACUGACGGCAUCAAGUUCAAGAACGACUUGGCGCUGAAAGACUUGGGGGUCGAUCAGAACGCGCAGGGCAUGCCGAAGAUACAUCCUGUCACGAUCGACUUGUACCCAUCAGAUAAAGCGAGCAUGGUCAAGGUUGCCAUAUCCGAGAUCCUUAAAAAGAACCCCGAAUUCGAGGAGGCUAUGAGCAUCGAGAGUGGCAUAGUUGCUGUCGCCUACUCGCGGAUCCAACCAAAGGUGUCGAAUACGGCUGAGGACUCCACCGUGAUUACCGUCGCAGGCGAUGGCAACGUCAAGAACGCAGCUCAGUACACGACCUUGCAGACGUGGUUCGAGAAGGUCGUGGAGCGCGAGAGCAAUGAUGACAACAUCGAGUGGCCUUCGGUUUUCCUCCGCAUUCUUUCAUUGGAGUUGGGCGCCCAGUUGGCAAGGGCGCAUCUCGAGUACUGCAACUUGCCCGACGGGGCCGCAGAGUGCAACCUCGUGCCGAUGGUCAUCUCACUGGUGGACUCGCCAGCCAUGUUCGUCGAGUCGAAUGGCUUCGUCAACCAGCAACGGUCCGACUGCAGCAUGCCGUGGUACAUCAAGCCGCUGCCAGCACCAGAGGCACCUGACGCACCGCGUCGUACGGCUGGUCCGAAGGCGAAGGCUAAGGCGAAGCCGGCUGCAGGGAAAAGUUCGGCACGUGAGAAACAGAGGGCGGCAGCGCAGUCCAAGGCAGGCAAGAAGAAACGCCUUGGUAUCGCGGCAGCCAAGCGCUUGUUGGAGGCUCAGAAAAAGAAGGAGGUGGCAGCGUCUGAGCGCCAGGCGCUGAAGAAGAAGGUCGCGACUCACAGAAUCAAGUAUGCUGAAAUGGAGCCCAUCGUGAUUGCAGGCACCACGUACAAGUACUCAAGGCCAAUCCUCGUCAAUAAGGCCGAUGACAACACGGACGACACCGACGAGCUCUUCCGCGAGAGGACCGCGUGGGACGACGCGCCCAAGGAGAAGAAGAGGAAGGUGGACACCACGCCUGGCUUUGCCGAGAG